AUGGACUGGCUGUACAACCUGCUAUUUCUUCUUACCAUCUCCAUCUUCCUGGGGCUGGGCCAGCCCAGGAACCCCAAAAGCAAGAGGAAGGGGCAAGGGAGGCCUGGAACCGUGGCCCCUGGGCCUCAUCAGGUGCCACUGGACCUGGUAUCGAGGGCAAAACCAUACGCCCGCAUGGAGGAGUACGAGAGAAACCUCGGGGAGAUGGUGGCCCAACUGAGGAACAGCUCUGAGCCAGUGAGGAGGAAGUGUGAGGUCAACCUGCAGCUGUGGCUGUCCAACAAGAGAAGCCUGUCUCCAUGGGGCUACAGCAUCAACCACGACCCCGCCCGCAUCCCGGCGGACCUGCCUGAGGCGCGGUGCCUGUGUCUGGGCUGCGUGAACCCCUUCACCAUGCAGGAGGACCGCAGCAUGGUGAGCGUGCCCGUGUUCAGCCAGGUGCCGGUGCGCCGCCGCCUCUGCCCGCUGCCCCCGCGCACCGGGCCCUGCCGCCAGCGCGCAGUCAUGGAGACCAUCGCCGUGGGCUGCACCUGCAUCUUCUGAAUGGCCCCGGCCCUGGCCCAGGACCUGUGGGCAGCUGGAGAGUGCCCUCCCUGCACCCCACACAAGGCCAAUGAAAAGUAAACGCUGUCUUUCUAAAGCAAGACCUUGGGUUUGCUCCUUGUGGCUCUGAAGCCAAAACCAGGGUGGGGGUAGGAGGCUCCUGGGAGGUAGAGUUCAGAUCAAUAUAAAGGAGGACUUCCCAUCGCUCAGCCUUCUCCAACACUGAAAUAGGUUAUUAAAAAAAACACUGCAUUUGCUUCCACCAUUUCGGACAGUCACAUACUUCCUUUAAUUUGGGUUUAUAAGGCUUAUUUCAGUCAUGUCAUUGGAGCGUGGUUGCUAUCAACGUCUGCAGGAGUGACCAAGCGCGAACUCUCCCUAGGUAAGUGCAGGACCAUUGCAAACAAUCUUUU